AUGAAGCCUAACAGCAGCAGCAGGAGCCAGGUCGUCCGCAGAGCUGCAUCCACCACCGGGCUGCUCUUCGUCCUGCUGCUCGUCGUCUUCACCGCGUCCAACUACUCGUCGCUCAACACCGACCGGCUCCUCGACGUGCCGCCCAAUGCCGCGUCUCAUGCGAAGACGACGACAUCUUCGCCCUCCCUGGUGGAGGGGAGCGCGGCGUGCGACGUCGCGAACGGCGAGUGGGUGCCCGACCCCGCCGCGCCCUCCUACACCAACGCGACGUGCCCGUUCAUCGACAGCCGCCAGGACUGCAUGAAGUACGGCAAGCCUGGGAUCGACUCCAUCCUCCGGUGGCGGUGGCAGCCGCACGGCUGCGACCUGCCCCGCUUCAACCCGGCCACCUUCCUCCGCCUCGUGCGCCACAAGUCCAUGGCCUUCGUCGGCGACUCCGUGGCACGAAACCACAUGCAGUCGCUCAUGUGCCUCCUCUCCAAGGUGGAGUACCCGCAGAAGAUUCAGCCCAAGGACUGCAUCCACUGCACGCGCACCUACCACUACCGCGAGCACAACUUCACGGUGACAGUGUUCUGGACGCCGUUCCUGGUGCGCUGGAACCUGACGCGCGCCGGGGCGCAGCAGUUCAUGGACCCGCACAACGUGUACCUCGACGAGGCCGACCCGGAGUGGGCGCGCGCCGUCGCGGGCUACGACUACGUCGUCCUCAACGGCGCCAAGUGGUUCACCCGCCCCGCGGUGUUCCACGAGCGCGGCCGCAUCCUGGGCUGCAGCGACUGCGGCGACCCCAACGCCACGUACGUGCCGCCGCACCGCGCCGUGCGCGCCUCGUUCCGGACCGCGUUCCGCGCGCUGCGGGACGAGGCCACGGGGUUCCGCGGCAAGGUGUUCGUCCGGACCGUGGCGCCGCCGCACUACGAGAACGGCAAGUGGUACGACGGCGGGAACUGCCUCCGGAUGCGGCCCUCGCGGAGCGGCGAGACGGGACUCCCGGAGACGGAGGCCGCGUUCCACGCCGCGCAGGUGGAGGAGUUCCGCGCCGCGGCGAGCGCGGCGGCGCCAGGACGGUUCGUGCUGCUGGACGUCAGCGAGAUGAUGCAGAUGAGGGGUGACGGGCACCCCGGCCCGUACGGGCACUGGCCGCACGAGAAGGUCGGCUUCGGCAUCGACUGCGUGCACUGGUGCUUGCCAGGCCCCAUCGAUGCUUGGAGCGACUUGUUGCUUCAUUUGAUCGCUAAUUGA